GUUCCAGGGAGUACCUUAACACAGUGACGUUAGGUCCUGUCCUGUAUUUGUGGCGGAAGAUGGCUGACAGCGGAGUCUUGGCAGCGAGAAGAUCCGACUCUGGCUCUCUGUCCUCGGUCAGUAUGGAGACCAUCUCAGCGCUGACGGAACUGGAGGACCUGGAGAGAGUUUACCGGCAGCUCUGCACGGAGGAGAAAGAAGUGGAGUCUGAGCUGGACAGACUGGUAGGGCAGGAGGGGAGUAUUCACACAAAGAUGCUGGCCCUGCAGAGGAUGGGGCCCAACCUACAGCUGAUUGAAGGAGACGCCAGUCAGCUGUCAGGCAUGAUCACAUUCACCUGCAGCCUGGCUGAAAACGUCAGCAGCAAAGUCAGACAGCUAGACCUGGCAAAGACACGGCUGUAUAACGUCAUCCAGCGUGCCGAUGAUAUCCUGGAUCUGAAGUUCUGCACAGACGGCGUGCAGACAGCGCUCCGUAAUGAAGAUUUUGAGCAGGCUGCUGCCCACAUCCACAGAUACCUCUCUCUGGACCAGUCAGUUAUAGAGCUGAGUCGGCAGGGAGACGAAAGCAGUGCUGUGGAUGCCAGUCUCGUAAUGCUGCAGGAGGCCGAGCAGAAGCUGAAGGUCAUCGUUGCUGAGAAGCUGGAUGAAGCUGUCGCAGCUGUCGACCUCGCACAGGUGGAAAGGUUCUUCAAGAUCUUCCCUCUGUUGGGCCUCCACCAGCAGGGCCUCGCCCGCUUUGGCCAAUAUCUCUGCAGUCAGCUUGCCUCUAAAGCUGAAGAGAACCUGCUCUUGGCCACAGGAGGAGAACUGGGGGAGAAGAGAGCAUCGCUGGUGUUUGCAGACACUCUGACGCUGCUGCUGGAGGGUAUUGCCCGUGUGGUUGAGACUCAUCAGCCCAUAGUGGAGACGUAUUACGGUCCAGGCCAUCUGUACACACUCAUCACUCACCUGCAGCAGGAAUGUGACCGACAAGCUCAGAAAAUAGUCGACAAGUUCAUCCAGCAGAGAGGAUACCACAACAAGUUUCAGGUCGUCCAGAACAGCAUGAUGAAGAGCGUGCCGGGAGAGACGCUCGAACCCAGGGAGCUGGACCCUGUGCUGGCUGAAGUAACUCUGAUGAACGCCAGGGCGGAGCUCUACCUGCGCUUUUUACGCCGCCGCUUGCUGGCCGACUUCGAAGUUGGGGAUGUUCAGAGCGUCACACAGGAGCAUCAGCAGAACGUGGAGAAGCUGCUGAAACACUGCAUGCUGAGCCGGACCAUGCAGGAGCUGAUUGGCUACUAUAUCCCAAUGGAAGAGUACUACAUGAGGGAGACUGUCAACAAGGCUGUGACUAUGGAUUCGUAUGAAAAGGGCCAGCUGACAUCCAGCAUGGUGGACGACUGUUUCUACAUCGUGAAGAAGUGCAUCAGUCGAGCUUUAUCCAGCUCCAGCAUCGACUGCCUCUGCGCCAUGAUCAACCACGCCAACUCCGUGCUGGAGUCGGACUUCAGGGAGGUUUUGUAUAACAAGCUGCGGCAGGGCUUCCCGGCCACGACGCUUCAGGACAUCCAGCGAGGCGUCAGCAGUGCGGUCAGCCUGAUGCAGAGCAGCUUACAGCAGGGGAAGUUCAACACCAUGGGCAUCGAGAGCGCUGAAAACGCCAAGGCUGCAUUUCUGGUGACUCUGAAUAACGUAGAGGUCUGUAGUGACAACAUCACCACUUUAAAGAGAAACCUUGAGAACGACUGCUCCAAGUUGUUCAAUCAGGUUCCCGGCUCCGGGGACCAGGCUAAGAUUGAAAGCUGUUUGUCCGACCUCGUCAACACAUCCGCCAAAUUCAAGGAUCUCUUACAGGAGGGCCUGACCGAGUUGAACACAACAGCCAUAAAGUCUCAGGUGAAACCGUGGAUCAGCAGCUUCCUGUCCAUCUCUCACAACAUCGAGGAGGAGGAGUUUAAUGAUUAUGAAGCUAAUGAUCCCUGGGUGCAGCAGCUCAUCGUCAACCUGGAGCAGCUCAUGGCAGAGUUCAAGACGGCCAUGUCUGCUGUGAUCUACGACACUCUGACCAGCCUGAUGACCAGCUUGAUAUCUAUAGAAAUGGAGAAGACCGUCCUCAAAUGCUCGUUCAGCAGGCUCGGAGGGCUGCAGUUCGACAAAGAGCUUCGGUCUCUGGUGGCGUACCUCACCACCGUCACCACCUGGACCAUCAGGGAUAAGUUCGCUCGCCUCACACAAAUGGCCACCAUCCUAAACCUGGAGCGGGUAACUGAGAUCCUGGAUUACUGGGGGGCGAACUCGGGCCCCCUGACGUGGCGGCUGACCCCGGCGGAGGUGCGUCAGGUUCUCGCGCUGCGUAUCGACUUCAGAAGUGAAGACAUCAAGAGGCUGCGGCUGUAACUCAUUCACCAGCUGGUUAGCAGGGAUCAUCCUAAAACACCAACCUUGUGAUGUUGGCAAAAAGACAAGGAAUACAUUUUUGUCUGAAUGAAAGAUUAUCAUACUGGAUAUUUCAGGCAGGUUUUCAGGCUCCGUCUUCUCCUGCAGGCCGGCUCAUGUCAGUCUGAACCAGAGUUACUGCCCGGAUUGUAGAUGUAUGUUUUGUGGUUAAGGCGAGACACUAAAGGCAAAAAUAUAGUUUUUUCAUGCACCGGUUUUGGGUUUUUUGAUUUCAUAACAUGUUUUCUUUCUACGUACAAAAUACACAUUAAGUUAUUUCAUGUUGACUAAUUAAGCUUGUAGAUUUGUAUAUCAUAUUCAUAUUCUGAUGUAAAUGGGUUGUUAAUUUUCAUUUUAUUCUUAAAAACAUUGCAAUUCUUUUUGUAUGGCUGUUGACAGAAAUGUAAAGUUUCCCUUGUAAAUACACUUAAAUAUUUCAAAUAAAAUAAUAAGACGUGUAA